AUGAAUAUCCGCAUCCUUCCAACCCCCCUCGACCCUCUCAUCCCUUUUCAUCCCUCCUCGUCUCCUCUCACCCCUCCCACCCCUGUAUCUCACCCCUCCCACCCCUGUAUCUCACCCCUCCCACCCCUGUAUCUCACCCCUCCCACCCCUGUAUCUCACCCCUCCCACCCCUGUAUCUCACCCCUCCCACCCCUGUAUCUCACCCCUCCCACCCCUGUAUCUCACCCCUCCCACCCCUGUAUCUCACCCCUCCCACCCCUGUAUCUCACCCCUCCCACCCCUGUAUCUCACCCCUCCCACCCCUGUAUCUCACCCCUCCCACCCCUGUAUCUCACCCCUCCCACCCCUGUAUCUCACCCCUCCCACCCCUGUAUCUCACCCCUCCCACCCCUGUAUCUCACCCCUCCCACCCCUGUAUCUCACCCCUCCCACCCCUGUAUCUCACCCCUCCCACCCCUGUAUCUCACCCCUCCCACCCCUGUAUCUCACCCCUCCCACCCCUGUAUCUCACCCCUCCCACCCCUGUAUCUCACCCCUCCCACCCCUGUAUCUCACCCCUCCCACCCCUGUAUCUCACCCCUCCCACCCCUGUAUCUCACCCCUCCCACCCCUGUAUCUCACCCCUCCCACCCCUGUAUCUCACCCCUCCCACCCCUGUAUCUCACCCCUCCCACCCCUGUAUCUCACCCCUCCCACCCCUGUAUCUCACCCCUCCCACCCCUGUAUCUCACCCCUCCCACCCCUGUAUCUCACCCCUCCCACCCCUGUAUCUCACCCCUCCCACCCCUGUAUCUCACCCCUCCCACCCCUGUAUCUCACCCCUCCCACCCCUGUAUCUCACCCCUCCCACCCCUGUAUCUCACCCCUCCCACCCCUGUAUCUCACCCCUCCCACCCCUGUAUCUCACCCCUCCCACCCCUGUAUCUCACCCCUCCCACCCCUGUAUCUCACCCCUCCCACCCCUGUAUCUCACCCCUCCCACCCCUGUAUCUCACCCCUCCCACCCCUGUAUCUCACCCCUCCCACCCCUGUAUCUCACCCCUCCCACCCCUGUAUCUCACCCCUCCCACCCCUGUAUCUCACCCCUCCCACCCCUGUAUCUCACCCCUCCCACCCCUGUAUCUCACCCCUCCCACCCCUGUAUCUCACCCCUCCCACCCCUGUAUCUCACCCCUCCCACCCCUGUAUCUCACCCCUCCCACCCCUGUAUCUCACCCCUCCCACCCCUGUAUCUCACCCCUCCCACCCCUGUAUCUCACCCCUCCCACCCCUGUAUCUCACCCCUCCCACCCCUGUAUCUCACCCCUCCCACCCCUGUAUCUCACCCCUCCCACCCCUGUAUCUCACCCCUCCCACCCCUGUAUCUCACCCCUCCCACCCCUGUAUCUCACCCCUCCCACCCCUGUAUCUCACCCCUCCCACCCCUGUAUCUCACCCCUCCCACCCCUGUAUCUCACCCCUCCCACCCCUGUAUCUCACCCCUCCCACCCCUGUAUCUCACCCCUCCCACCCCUGUAUCUCACCCCUCCCACCCCUGUAUCUCACCCCUCCCACCCCUGUAUCUCACCCCUCCCACCCCUGUAUCUCACCCCUCCCACCCCUGUAUCUCACCCCUCCCACCCCUGUAUCUCACCCCUCCAGCAGCACAAUGCAGUGCUGGGAGGACAGCAGGCGGCGGAAGGACGGCUUGGCGUGCAGCGACUCACCCGUCUCACCCAUCUCAUCCGUCUCACCCAUCUCAUCCGUCUCACCCAUCUCACCCAUCCCACCCCUCUCUGCCGCCCCACUCUCUCACCCCUGGCGCUCACCCCUAUGUUGGCAGAUACGCUCUUGAAAGGCUGGCGCAACCCCAAGCUGUGCAAGUUCUGUGGCAAGAAGUUCGAGGGCGGAACAAACCGCUGUGCAAUCCAUCUCGCGACAUGGAAAGGGAAGGAGAAGCGUGCUGUGGCGUUAUGCAAGGACGCGCCCACGGCAGUCCGCGAUGAAGUCCGUGGCAUGUACGAGACCAAGGCGGAACAGCAGGACUUGAAGCGAGGGGCGGCCGCUGCUGCAAUUCACUCCGCGCUUGACGCUGUCAGUGGAAACCCAGAGAAAAAGAGCAAAAUUACGGAUUUCUUUGGCAAUGAGGCGACGUGCGCCAAGGAGGACGCGGAUAACGCGCUUUGCCUUCUGUUCGCGGCGCUGAAACUUCCGGAGCGCAUUGCGGACGAUCCGGUCUUCCGCUACGCGAUCCAAUGCAUUGCGCGCGCUGGACCUGGGUACGUCCCUCCUAAGAGGUGCUACAUUGGAGGGGCAGGCUUGAAGAAGGUGCGGCAGAAAAUAGAGGUCGCGUUCGCCCCCGUUGCCGCGAGCUGGAAGCGGGACGGGGUAACGGUGUCGUCGGACAUGAUGACCGACCGUUGUGGCCGCCCGCAGGCCAACGUGCUCCUUGUCAACGACUCCGGCGCAGUUUUCGAGCAGGCGGUGGACUGCAACAUGGAGUCGAAGACCGGGGGGUACAUCGCCAGCCUUCUCCGCCCCGUCAUUGAUAAGGUGGGGCCGGAGAAUGUGGUGGCGGUCUGCACCGAUGGCGGCAGCAACUAUGCAUCGGCCGCCAAGAAGAUUGCGAGCACAUGGCCGCACAUUGAGCAUGUGCCAUGUGCCACGCAUGUCCUGGACCUGAUGAUGGAAGAUAUGGGCAAAAUGGGAUGGGCGAAGGGGCUUGUGGAGAAAGGAGGGGAGAUGAUUACCUUCGUGCGCAACCACCACUUUACCCGUGCCUAUAUGAAAAAAGUGGGGGGGAAGCAGGUGCUCAAGCCUGCGGGAACCAGGUUCGGGACACAAUACAUAGCCAUGGCCCGGCUAUGUGAGGUGAGGAGUGGGCUGGCGGCGAUGGUGCUCAGCGACGAGUGGAAGGUGUGGGCAGCGGCGGACAAGGAUAGGAAGACAGCAGCUGAGAAAUUCAGGGCUGCUGUGAUGGAUGAGGAGUGGUGGGGGGUGGCGGAGUUCUUUACCUCUCUCAUGGCGGUGCCAUUCAAGGUCAUGCGGGCCACGGACUCUUCCGCGAAAGGCAUGAUGGGUAAGCUGUAUGACAUCAUGCUACAGCUUACCGAGGACAUCAAUGACAAGCUCGACACUUUAAGUGACUUCUUGACUCGGACAGAGAGGGCAGAUAUCACCAAGAUUGUGAAGGACAGGUGGGACAACUCCCUUGCCUGCCCCAUGCAUGUGGUUGGCCGGAUCCUGAAUCGGGCCAACCAGGAGGAGGGAAUUUUCAGGAACGAUGUGGAGUGCACGCGGGUGUUCAAGGACUACAUCGAGCGCCACUAUGACAACAAGACCUUCAAGCGUGGCAAGGAUGGCGCCCCUCGCCGCGCCUCCCUUGUGCUGCAGGAGGCAUUGCUGGCCUACAUCAACAUGGAGGGCAGCUUUGGCAAGCCGGGCGCCAUUUCUGCAAGGGAGGCAGUGAAGAAGGGGGAGAUGAGCAUGGUGCAGUGGUGGUCGUGGCACAGCACCGAGUAUCCUGAGCUUGCCGCCCUCGCAUGCCGGGUGCUCACUCAGCCCGUCUCGGCUUCCCCAUGCGAGCGUGGCUGGGCGCAGUGGGAAGGCGUCCACACCGCCCGCCGCAACCGGCUCGGGUCCGCCAAGUGUGCGGACCUCGUCUACAUUGCGCACAACUGGAACGUUGUGCGCAAUUGGUACAAGAAGGAUGGGGGCAGCACGGUUGUGCCCGGUAACAUCCCGGAUGCCCCUGUCCCCCCCGGCUAUAACAUGGAUGAGGAGGAGGAUGACAUGCUGGGGGAGGAAGGAGAGGAUGCAGUGCUGGCGGAUGAGUAUGGGGAAGGUGUGGUGGUGGAAAAGCCCCGCAAGGAAAUCGGUUGUGGGGAAGCUAGCUAG